AUGUCUCACCGCAACGACCACGAGCACGACCACGAACCACUCCUCGCACCCCAAAGAUCCGCCCUCGUCUCCCAAAACCUCCUCCGCACCAUCGCCCGCAUCUCCUCCCUCACGCUCGAAACCACCGCCUCCCCGCACGCCCACCGCGACAACCCCACCGCGCUCUCGCUCCUCAAACGCGCCAUGGAAGUCACGCGUCCUUGGCUCGAAGACGUCCGCGCUGAACUCGAGGAGCACGGAUAUACCCCUGCUAGCCGUGACAUCGAGGCGGGAGAUGAGGGGUUCCGAGGGAGGUUGUUGAGGGAGUUGCCUAGUUUGGUUCCGGUUGUGGCGGGGUAUGUGAUGUUGCGGAGGGGGAUGAGGUGUGAGGGUAGGAGGGUGGAGUUUCUUGGGGUGCUUUGUGGGGUUUUGGAGGGGAAGGUUGGGGCGGCGGAGAGGGAGAUUGAGAGGUUGGAAAGGCUUUUUGCCAGGGAAGGGGGGAGGGGGAGGAGGAGUAGGGAGGGGAUGUCUGAACGGGAGAGGAUGGCUGGGAGGGAGAGGGAGGAGAGGGGGUGGUAUGGUGAGGAGAGGAGGCGUGGGGCGAGGGAUGAGUAUUAUCGUGGUGAUGAUGUUGGAGAGGAGCGCUCAGGGGAAGACGUGAGAGGGGAGGGGUUGGAUGUUGGACGACGGAGGGAGAGGCGGAGAAGGCGUAGAGGGGCCAGUCGAAGGAGCAGCAUCGUCAAGGAUGAACGAUCAACCCGUGAAGAGAGAAGAGAGUCUCGACGAGAGAGUCGUACACAUAGGGGAUCGCGAACAACCGCAUCAGAGUGCGAAGACCACAAUCGCGAGACCCAUGAUGAUGGAGAGCAACGCAGAGGUCGCCCACCACAUGGACCAGGAUUCAACCAGAUGUCGCCCGAAGAGCGACUAAGAGCAAAGGAACGGCUUCUGGCGAUGCACUUGAUGCGGAAGAACGAGGAUACGACGAAGACGACAACUCCUGCAACGACGACAACACCUCCUCGUGCAACGAAGUCGGUGUCUUCUGGGUCGACUGAGUCGAUACCUCGCUUUCCUCCGCUGCCUAUCGGUGUCCAUGCUCCUCGAGGGGAGAAUGCGAAUGUUCUUGAAGAAACCGCUAGGUAA